ACGUUUGUCUCUCUCUCUUCUCGUAUAUGUGAGGAGCGUGGUGGGUGUUCCGUCACUGCACUCGAGCUGUUCGACGAAAAGCCCCUGAGAAAACUCUUCCUCCAAGAACAUGAUUCCGAAGCCGCUGCGCUCCCUCGGUGCCGGUGCUGCCGUAAUCCUUGGCGGCAUCGUAUCUCUCAACGUCGUCUCCACUAUCACCAUCGGCAUGCUUCGGUCCGUCGCGGAGACGAAACGGAAGAAGUUUGCGUUGCCUUGUAUGGUGUGUAAAGGGAAAGGGUUUUACAUAUGCAAGCUCUGCAAAGGGAAUGCUACCAUCCAGUGGUCGCCCUUGCACGACCCCAUCGCCAUAAACCCCUGCGUUUGCCCCACUUGCGACGGAAACAGGAUACAGCGUUGUCUGAACUGCUUGGGGAAGGGUAAUAGUUGAGCGGCGUUGAUGUUGAUACAUCGAAGAAGAAUUCAUGACAUUUCAAAGCUGUUCCCGAUGGUAGAAGAGCAAAGCAGCUGUGCAACUGGAAGCAAAGAUAAGGGAGCGGCAGCGUCAGGGAGAUGUGUGGCAGCUCAGUCCAGGAAGUACCAUUUUUAGUUUCAGAGACUUUAAGAUUCCCAUGUAAAUUUAGGCAAAAUAUUAAAUGAUUUCCUGAUCUAAGUAUCUUUGGAUGCACCCACCACUUGAGAUUGUCGUGAGCAAGUUUUUCGGAUUAUGUUGGAUUAAUAGUGCUUGCUAUUUCUAAAAGUCCCUUGUCAUGGCUUCUACA